AUGCAUUUUACUCUUUUGCAGGCUGUGCAGUCACAGCAACAAGCUGAACGAGAUAUUGCCCUAGCAAGGUUGGAGCAAAGUCGCAUCAUGAUUGCAAGAAGACUAAAAGAGCAUCGUGGGAAAAAUCACGAAGUCAUAGAUGAGGCAUCCAAAUUUGCCCACAAUGUCUACCAAGAUGUUUUGCCUUCUCUACCAGUAAACAAGCCUGAGAAGUGUGCUGACAGUUCUAAUAACAUGGUGAAAGGUUCAAAUUUCUUGGGGAGGAUGGUGUCUUCUAGUCUUGUUUUAGCUGGGAACAGUUUCAAUAUCAAAAAUUUGGGUGGUAUAUUAGGGAAUAGUGCAGUGUUAGCUAUUGGCAUGCUUACGCUGCUGCAGCUGCAUUGGAUGGCUUCUGGAGAACAAAGUCCAUCAGUUAGUAGCUACAGCUACAGGAAGGUCAAUCAAGAGAGUUCAUCGCGGUUGGGGACAUCUCUACGAAGUAGUACAAUGAACCAUCUUGAUGGGUCAUUAGGCAAAGGUUGAGGGCGUAUGCCUCGUCUUAUUUGUUGCUUGUACAAUAUUUGCUAGGAUGUAUUGUAGUAAAGGUUAUUCUCCCGUGUUGUUUGUUCUCU